AUGCUGAGAAGUGGAAGAGAGUUGCAGUCCCAACCAAGCUCACCAUCGAAGGCAGCCAAGGAAGAGGAAAGACAAGGGUCAAACGACAACCCCAUUGAGGUAACAUCCGACCCCCCUCUUCCUAAAGUUACUAAUGCUGUUGUACCUCCUUUUCCUAGCAGGUUGGAAAAGUCCAAGAAGGAGGAAUAUGAGCAAGAAGUGCUGGAAACCUUCAGGAAGGUGGARAUCAACAYCCCCUUGUUAGAUGCAAUAAAACAAAUCCCAAAAUAUGCCAAAUUUUUAAAAGAAUUAUGCACUAACAAGAGGAGGCUGCGAAUUGAUGAAAAUGUAAGAGUUGGGGAGAACAUUUCAGCCGUGAUCAAGAGGACCCUGCCAGAAAAACGGGCUGAUCCAGGUAUGUUUACCCUACCUUGUGUGAUUGGAAACAAACGAAUCGAGCGUGCCAUGCUGGACUUAGGUGCAUCUAUUAAUGUCAUGCCAUACUCGAUUUACUGUGCAUUGGGACUGGGUCCUUUGAAAGAGACUAGAGUUGUUAUCCAAUUAGUUGAUCGUUCUAAUGCCUACCCUGAGGGGAUUGUUGAGGAUGUAUUGGUGCAGGUUAACGAUUUGAUCUUUCCAACUGAUUUUUACAUCCUGAAGAUGGAAGAGGACACAUCCACGAGUUUAGCCCCACUUCUAUUAGGCCGACCAUUCAUGAAAACAGCCAAGACCAAAAUAGAUGUGGACGAGGGUACCCUCUCCGUCGAGUUUGACAGAGAGAUUGAAGUCUUUGGAGAGGAAGACAUGGGCGAUGAGCUGGAAUAUAAGGGACAAUCGGACAAGGAAGAGGAGUUCGAUGCAUCCUAUGGCACUACGGAACCAGGACAAGAGGCUCUGGAGCUGGAACUAAAGACCCUACCUGAUCAUUUGAAAUAUGCAUACUUGGGCAAAAAAGCGACACUGCCCGUAAUCAUUGCAAAAGGGUUGACUGAGGAGUAA